GCAGAGCCGGAGGGGCCGCCGCAACCGCGGAUCCGGGAGGAAGGAAGGAAGGGGAGAGCGGAGGAGGAGCGGGAGCGGCGGCGGCAUCGGCAACGAGGGGAACGAGCAGCGCCGCCGCCGCCGCCUCCGGGAGCAGCCCCGCCGCCGCCGCCGCCAGCCCCGCCGCCUCCUCCUCCGCUGCUGCCGUCUCCGCCGCCGCCGCCGCCGCCAAAGGGACGAGGACGAGGAGGAGGAGGAGGGGAGCAGCAUCAGCAGCGGCGGGGGGCCCCGGUGGGAUGGUGUCCCCCACCGGCGCCGCGGAGGGAGGAGGCGGCGGCGGCGGAGAAGCGGCGGCGGCAGCAGCAGCAGUAA